GUUGGCCCGACCCAUCCUCUUAUCAGGCUCGAAUUCAAUCUUCUGGAGCUGCGGUCAAUUGGACACAUUAAGGAGUUACUCUUCAAUAUAUAUCUCCCCAUGCGAGCUUGAUUCCACAAACUGCAACCCCCUGAGAGGUUUUUGAACAGUUCCAGCUACCUGGCAUCUUUAUCUUUUCUUGAAGAAAUGCAGUUAAUUUCCAAAUUGGUGGCAACAAUGAUCUUUCAAGUAAUAGUUGAAACCUCAACUAUCCAUGCAGUCAAUCAAAUUACUUCUUUGGGUGAAAAUGCUCUACUGAAGUCUGGUAUUCAACUCAAAAAGCGUAUGGUGGGGGAUAGUUCCCCUGAGAUAUGUGCAAUUUGCCAGGAUGAAUUGAGUGGAAAUAUAAAGAAAUGGGAUACCUGCAAGCAUUUAUAUCAUACAUAUUGCAUAGAGACAUGGAAGAGGUAUGGGCAGGGGACAUAUGCUCAAUUUCCAGUUUGUCAAAAGUUUGAUCCAAAACUGGUAGCACCUAUAAAACCUCAGAAUUAUGGCCCAGGACCAGGUGGAGAAGCUAGUUCCAGUGGGGGUUCAUCAUUUGCUAGAGUCAGAUGUGAAGACCCCAGGUGUGAUUCAGGGUACAUGAACAAACUUUCUGGGUCACAUAUACCUGGAGGGGUAAUAUAUCAAUGUCCAAGAUGUCAUUACACUGUUUCAGUGGGUCCUGGAGGACGCAGAGUGGUUUUGUCAAGUUAUCUUGGAUAGCAGCAAAUGAAAACAGCAACUGUCCAAACAAGCUGGUAUGACUGGUUACAGCAAUUUUUCCAAGAUUACUCUCAAUUUUAUGCUGUGUUGAUUUUUAGGCAGAAAAUUUCAAGCAUUUUUGCUUUCUUUUUAUGGGCCUGUUCACAUUCAAGGCAAAAUCAAGAAAAUUUUAAGAUAAGAUUUUACAAAUUUUGUCAAAUUUCAUGAAUUGUCGGUUUUAGAGCAGUUUGAUGUUUUUGAAAACCUUGUUAAAUUGUAAUGUUAAAGGCCACAAAAUUUCCUUAAAGUUCAGACAUGAACUGUCCUCUCACAAUCCAAAGGAAUUUCAUCAUGGAUCUAUAGAAAUUAUAGAAUUGAAAAAUCAUUCGUUUGUUUUAAUACCUGC